AUGCAGAAGGACGCACAAGCAAACACAGCACCAAAAGUGCGCUUGGUGUUCCAGGACGCAUACCAACGGUUCAAAGACUCGGUUUCUCCGGAGGAUGCUCAGCUAUUCCAGAGUCUCUCGCUCAAGGACGUAGAGAAUGCAAUGCGAGACCUUGAGCGGCGUCAGAGUACGAGCAGAACCUUGUGCAAUCUUAGCCGCAUUAUGCCCUUCUUGGACGGGCUUGAACGGUAUUCAAAGGUUGUAGAUACUUUAUGCAAUGGAACGCCUUACCUGCCUUAUCUAUGGGCUCCGGUGAAGCUCAUAAUAGAGCUGACCUCCGGUUACGUUACCCCUUUCAACCAACUGAUUGACGCCUACAAGAAGAUCGCGCAGACCUUGCCGCGCUUUGACCGGCUCUCUCAAGCAUUCAAGGACAACACCGACUUUCAGCAUGUUCUCGCCAUAUUCUACGCAGACCUUCUUGAGUUCCACCGGCGCGUAUACAAGUUUGUAAGACGACGAGGGUGGUCGUUUUUCUUCAAGUCGUCAUGGACGCGCUUCGAAACUCGCUUCAAAGGCAUUCUCGAUGAUCUUGCGACGCACACUGAACUAGUAGACAGAGAAGCAACAUCGAUCGCAGUCGUCGACGCCAGAGAGAUGAGGAAAGACUGGCUCCAGAAGACUGAAGAACAGGAAGCUGAGCGGUUUCUAUCUCAGGCCAAUGACGUCCUCAAGUGGUUGGAUGUCGCCAAGUCCGAAUUCGAGCAAGAAGAAGGGCUGAGCGGCCUCUCAGAACUCUGUCACGAACACAGCUGCGAUUGGAUAUUCAAGAACCAGAAAAUGUUGGUUUGGAAGCGCCAAGGCCCGUCCACUGCAGCCAUUUGGCUCAAGGGAAAACCAGGUUCAGGCAAAAGCAUCUUGUGCUCGAGCAUCGUUGGCACUCUGAAAUCAGAAACGGACUUGCUCGUUCUCUACUACUUCUGCAACCAAGCCUCCGCAGAGGUUGGAAGCUGCGCAAUCCUAAAAGCGCUCGCUGCACAGAUCCUUCGGAAGAAUAUGGAUCUAACGCCUUUGAUCUACGAUGACUACAUCAGCAAAAGUCUACUGCCGGCUUCGACCGUCAUGAAAUCGGUUUUGCAACAGCUGCUAGCGGCUGUUCCGUCGACCAGGAUAGUCCUCGAUGGCUUGGAUGAACUAAAACCGGACGUUCAGAAAUCCUUGAUCACCGAAGUCUUGGGUCUGACUGGGAAGAGCUCCUCGGCAAAGGUUCUCUUCUCUUCUCGGGACAUCACCUCAAUCUCCAAGCUUCUUUUCAAGAAGGCCACCAUAUACUUGAAUGAAGAGCAGCGUUCUAUCAGCGGAGCCAUACAAGGCUUUGUUCGCUUCAAGGUAGAGCAGCUGCGAGAGGAUGUCCCUGAUAUCUCCACGGAAGAUGACUCUAUGUCCAAAUUGGAAAAAGCUCUAGUGGAGAAAGCUGAUGGCAUGUUCCUCUGGGUAAUCCUUGUUGUUAAAACCUUGGAGACGGCCUAUAGCGUCGCUGAGAUGCUAGAGUCUGUGGAGUCUCUCCCGGAGGGAUUGGAUGAAGUAUACCACCGAAUCUUUACCAAGAUUGAGAACCAACUUGGCGAUCGAGGUAGAGACAAAACCCAGCGGAUCUUUGAAUGGGUCGCCUUCGGUCAUCGGCCAUUAAAGUCAUUCGAGAUUCAGCACGGAAUAGCCAUACGACCGGGGAACGAAUGUAUCAAUGACGCAACCAAGCAAAGCAGAGAAGUGUUCAAUCUUUGCAAACCGCUUUUGGAAGAUGGGCCGAACAACACCAUCAGAUUCGUUCACUCUUCCGUCAAAGAGUACCUCAUGACACAUCGUCCACCAUUCAUAGACGCUGUAACACCUCAGUUUGACAUCACUUUCGCCUGCAUGAGCUAUCUGGUAUCGGGUCUCUCAUUGCUGGAUCCGGAUUUUCCUGAAGAGCAACGCAGGGUUGAAGUGGCGAAAGGCUUCCACUGGCUGCAACUCUACGCAAACGACCACUGGGUUGACCAUCUGUUCGAAUACAUACAAGCUAUCUCCAGAUCUGGAAAGGUGCUCAUAGCGGAGCCUUUGCUUACCCAGAUUGUACUGUUGCAGAAGGCUUACGAGAAACUUGCCGCGGAUACAGACCCAGGGGCGGGUGAGCCUGAGAGGCUUGACUCUCUGAUGAAGAACCAGCUGAAGAGUCUGGUGCACGCUUUGCAGACAGGCGAAGACAUCCUUCAAGUUACAGAGUCCAUAUCCGAGAUGCGAAAAGCGAUUCAUCGCGGCAGACGCAAACCACACACCGCAGAACAACAGCAUGACGAUACAGUCUUCUCUCGCAUGCUCCACACCUACAACACCAUCGCCCAGCACCUCCUCUCAGCCUCCCCCGACUCCAUCCCUGGUCUCGCACCCGCAUCUCUCAACCACUUCAAAAGCGUCUACGGCGCCAGCGCUUUCACCUGCCGCUUCCGCAGCUGUCCGCGUGCCGUGCACGGCUUCAGCACCGCCGCCGAGCUGGCCGAACAUGAGUCUACCGGCCACGUACUGAAAUACACGUGCACCGACAUCAGCUGCGAGUACAACAAGCUGGGCUUCGCGUCGGCGCGCGCGCUCAAGCAACACCUUGUGAAUUUCCACCCGGAGUUCCAGGCGCGCAAGGUGCCUGUCGUGCCGCGGCCGGAGGUGGUAGUACAGCUGGCCCCCGUGGCGGUGCAGGUGGACGAGGACGACGAUGGCCGUUCCGACAGGUCUGCGCGAUCGCCCUCCGAGGCGGCGCUCGUUGUGGAUGGCUUGGACUUUCCGCCUGAGAGCGUCGCUGUGCCGGGCACGUAUCGGAAGCGGCCGGCGCCGCUGGAGGUCGAAGGGAAUGACGGGUUCGCCCUUUCGACGACGAAUUGGCAUUGA